GCAGUUCUCAUUUUCAUCGCAAUAUGGGAGCUGGAAGAAGAGAUUUAGGAACUGUGCGCCCAGCGCUCACUGGCACUGUAACUUCCAAGGAAGCACUGGGAAUCCGGCCUGAAUCGGAUCGGAUCCCUUUUGCUACUCCUGGGCCCAAGGGGUUGGGGGUGGGGAGGCAGAAGGAGAAAGCGCCCUGACGGCCCGAAAUGGUCCCCAGAGCCCACUCCCCUCGGCUGGCUGGCAAGACGGACGUGGCGGCAUUGCGGGGAUCUCGAGAUCCCCGGCGUCACAUCCUGGUGGCUACGAGGGUGCCUGGGGGGCCGGGUUUAUCCGCGGGGAGCGACAGCUGCGUGUGCCCUCGAGGGAGAGGCGGUGCGCAGCCGUUGGGGCGAGACGCUGGUUCCCAGGGGAGGGCUGGCCGCCGCCGUGCAAGGUUCAGAGCCACAGGGCCCUUCAGACACCACCAGGCCCAGGGGUCCACCAUGGAUGCUGAAAAGGACAACCCACCUUCGAGGGCCUCGAAAUCCAGGGGGCCUCCCGCGCGCUCUGUACGCAUCGCAGAGGGGCCGCAUCCCGAGCGCUCGAGUCGAUCCACACUCUCCGAGCACGGCGUCAGCGCGGCACCCUCAGCAUACAUACUCAAGCAGCCUUCAACCCCCGCGACCCUCAGCCAAGAAGAGAAGGAGGCCAUCCAAAAGCGUGCUGAGGGCCGGGCCAAAGUCCCGCCCAAAUUCAGGGACAGCAUCAAGCGUUUUUUCUUCUCGCCCACAGGAGCCUUGAAGAUCAUUAGGCUGGGCCUUCUCAUAGGGUCAUUCAUUUUUUUCAUCAUUGCCGAAGCCCCAGAGUCCUACAUAGCAAUCACCAUUCUGGAAACCUGCAUCGUUGUUUUUUUCAUUCUAAUAUAUAUGCUAACCCUUCACCACUUGAUGACUUAUUUACAUUGGCCCUUACUUGAUCUUAUCAACAGUUUCAUUACUGCAGUGUUCCUUGUAAUAGUCGCCAUCUUGGCGAUACAAGAAAAGGAAAGAAGGCAUUUGUUCUAUAUUGGAGGGGCCCUAUGUCUCACAGCAGCAACCGUGUGUGUCAUCGAUGCGACUCUGGUCACCAAGACGAUGAGGAAUAACUUGAAAAAAGCCCUGGGAAUCAAAAUGAUAACCAGUGGACCCUCGGCUCCGGAACCCACCCCACUCACAAGGAUACCCACAAGGGGAGGCCCAAACGCACCUACAAGGGCAACUGUGAAGCAACGCAGCCAGUGGCAGCCACCCUCGAAAGCAACCUCACAGGAGGAACCUUGGUGGACGCCUAUGAAAAAAACCCCGCCAACUCCUUCCUCCGGCUACUCUCGCCGCUGAGCUCUCACGCUGUCACCCAUUUCGGCCCACAUGUGAUCAUAAAAUCGGGACUGCUAAACCUGUAA